AUGCUGUCUCGAAGCAUAGCCGUUGCCUCUCGCAUGGCGCCCAUGCGCCAUUUGCGCCCUUCUGUGUUCCGCCAAGGGCUUCCCAGCCUUGUACGCUAUUACGCAGACAAGGUUAUUCAGGUGCCGCCCAUGGCUGAGUCCAUAUCCGAAGGCACUCUCAAGCAAUUCUCCAAAUCGAUUGGCGACUACGUCGAGCAAGACGAGGAGAUUGCCACCAUUGAAACUGACAAGAUCGAUGUGGCUGUCAAUGCGACAGAAGCCGGCAUUAUCAAAGAAUUCUUCGUCAGCGAAGAAGACACCGUGACGGUUGGCCAGGACUUGGUUCGCCUUGAGACCGGUGGCGAGAAGCCAGCAGAAUCAGAGAAGCCCAAGGAGGAAUCGGCCCCCUCUCCUUCAGAGUCAAAACCAGCCGCCGAGCCAGAGCAGCCCAAGUCACAGCCUGAGCCCACCAAGAGCGAGAAGCCAGCUCCCCCGCCUCAACCCAAGGAGCAGCCCGAGAAGAAGAGCCAGCCCGAACCUGCUGCGGCGUCAAGGUCUGAGCCGGCAGCUGGAAACCGUGAGGAGCGUCGGGUCAAAAUGAACCGUAUGCGACUCCGUAUCGCCGAGCGUCUCAAGCAGUCUCAGAAUACCGCAGCAUCACUGACGACAUUCAACGAAGUCGACAUGUCCAACAUUAUGGAGUUCCGAAAACUCUACAAGGAUGAGAUGCUUAAGAAGACUGGCGUCAAGCUGGGCUUCAUGAGCGCCUUCUCCCGCGCUGCCGUACUGGCGAUGCGAGACAUCCCCGCCGUCAAUGCGUCCAUCGAAGGCCCCAAUGGUGGCGACACCAUUGUCUACCGCGACUACGUCGACAUCAGCGUUGCCGUUGCUACGGAGAAGGGUCUGGUUACCCCUGUUGUGCGAAACGUUGAGUCAUUGGACAUGAUCAGCAUUGAAAAGGCUAUUGCCGAUAUGGGCAAGAAGGCUCGCGAUGGCAAGCUCACGAUUGAGGAUAUGGCCGGUGGAACUUUCACCAUCAGCAACGGCGGCGUGUUUGGAUCUCUUAUGGGCACCCCGAUUAUCAACCUCCCUCAAAGCGCUGUACUGGGUCUCCACGCCAUCAAGGAUCGCGCCGUGGUGGUUAAUGGAAAGGUGGAAGUUCGGCCGAUGAUGUACUUGGCCCUGACGUAUGACCACCGUCUUCUUGACGGAAGGGAAGCUGUUCAGUUCCUGGUCAAGAUCAAAGAGUACAUCGAGGAUCCCAGAAAAAUGCUACUAUAG